GGGGCUCGGCUGCGGCGGUCGCCUCAGGCAGGGGAGCGCGGGCUGCUGGACCCUGAGGGGGGGGCAGAGGCUUUCUCCUGACAGACCGGGUCCUGUACGCGUGUUCACGCCGGGGGCCUGCCUUCUCUCUCGAAGCGACAGCCGGGGUCCUUUCGUGCGUCCCGGGGCGCCCCGUGAGAGGCCUCUCCCGUUAACGUGGCCGCCGAGCCCGUGUGACCGCCGCGGUGUGACCUCCUCCCCGGGAGGAGAGCGGGCAUUGCGCUGCUGCGGCCUGAGGCCCGCUGACACGUGCGGAUGUUAUGCAAGGGAAACUUCAGAGACACGCAGGACCAGUUUGGAUCCCCCGCCAUGUUUGUGGCCUUGGUACUGCUGUGCCAACUCCACCCGAUGAUGUUUGCGUUUCCGCACUGCGCAGAGAAAUUAAAUGACCUGAAGCACCUGGAAUCGAAAGAUGUGUUCACAUCAGCAAAGGAGGCCAAUUUAUUCAUUGGACGACGUCUUCUGAACAACAAAUUUGACUUUGAAGCAUUCACACCGGAUAACCUGGAAAGAGAAUGCUUUGAAGAGCUGUGCAGCUAUGAAGAAGCCAGAGAAGUAUUUGAAGACCCUGAUAAAACGAUGGAUUUCUGGAAAGACUAUUCAACUAAAGGCCCUAAAAUAAAAACAGGUAAUGAAACACCACAAAAGAUUAACGUUACAGGACUUCUCAUCAGUCUAGUUGUUGCUGGAGUAAUGUUAGUCAUAAUUGGACUGCUUAUCUUCUACUGCUGCAAAAGUAGAUGCAAAUCAAGGCAACCACCAGGGUACUUGGAUUAUGUAAGGAGUAGAAGACGUAAUUCUACCAGCAUCUUCAGAAGGCAUGAAGAAUUUUCUUUAAAUCCACUUCCUCUCAGAACUGAUGAUUCAGGACUACCAACUUAUGAGCAAGCAGUUACUUCAGAUGGACAGCACGAUGUACCACCACCUCCUUACCCAGGGCCCCCAAAAGGGGCACGGGUGUUUAAAAAGUCCAUGUCACUCCCUGCCCCUUAGCUACAACCCUCCUUCUGGAGAGAGGGGGUAUUACUGAAGCAUAACAUACUUUUUUAAAGUGCGCUACCUUGCAUAUUGCAAGACAGUUUACAAAAAUGUGAAAGAACUUUAGCGUAACUAGGAGCAAGUGAAAAUCCCAUUUGGGAGAAGUGAUCUGUUGCAAAGACUGCAGGACAACUCUUUGCAUGAGGUUAUUGCGCUAAGAUGAGGGAAUGUAUCAGGAUUAAGUCUUGUACUGUUACACUCUUCCACAUGCACUUUGAGCCAUCCCAUCAUACUAUUGAUGUUUCAUUAAUAGUUUCAUCUUGUUUCUUUAGAAGGAACAGUAUUUUAAUUGGUUUUAUAGACACUAACCAUUUUUGUGACUUGAUGCUUUCAAUCACUAAGAAAUCUACUUUAUUGUUUGAUGUAUUCACUUUACUGCUGUGUAAUUUUCUAUUCAUUCUAGUAAUAGAUUUGAGUAUGAACAUUAUUUCAUGAGUUGAUCAAGUGUAAAUAUCUUACUGCUUCUGGAAUACAUCGGUUUGUUUUAGACACUGCUGGUUAACACUACUUAAUUUUAUGUAUUUUUGUGAUUAUUUUGGAUGAAGAGGAACCAUUAAUUGCAUGACACAUUACCUGCUCAGACAAAGUAUACUUUAAUCAAAAGGUUUUUUGAUACUCCAACAUGGUAUUUAGUGUACUACCACUCUUUUUGGGGGGGAUGCUAAGCAAAUAGCUAGAGAUUUGUCCCUUGUUAAAAUUAUGGUUAGGAUACUUUGUCUGGAAAGUACACAGGUUCCAUGGAUAAUGUUCCCCUUGCAGUCUAAGUAUAUAAAUCGGGGAAGAAGAGACAUUUUGUCUCUGGAAUAAUAUGCCAAACUACUCCAGGCUUUUCUCUAGAUUUUUCCUGGGACACAAACAUACUAGUUAAAUGGGACUGACAGCAGCACUUUCAAGGAGAGGGAUUUCACAGGGCUUGUAAAAGUUCAGAUUCUGUACUGCUUUAUGUAAUGAUGUAUGCAGCUGGCAAGAUCACAAAUAAACUACAGAAAUUGUACUGAAAC